GAUCUUCUGCAUCUUCUUCUCCACUUAAAGGUUACAUGGAGGACUGGUGGAGGCCACGCAAAGCUCACGCAACCGAUUAUUACGACGAAUACAAUCUAAAUCCUGGUCUAGAGUGGGAAGACGAGUUCACAGUUUUGACGUAUGACGAUGGGCAAGGUGAAGAUGAAGAAGGCAGUCUUCCCCAUAUCGGCGGAUUUGGGAGCAAAUUACCCCCCGGGAUUCUCGCCCACGGAUUACCCCAAGUCAAAGAGGUCCAACCGGCUGUUACAGUUGUCGAACAAGAACAAGCUAAACAAGAAACUAAAAAAGAAAUUAAAGAAUUAAGUGAAGAACAAAAACAAACAAUAGUUCUCUCAGAAAAAUUUCAAGUCUUUAUGGAUAAAGCUGGAAAAAUCGUUGAGCGAGCCCUAGCUGAAAACGCGGAUAUCUACAACGAUUAUAGCCGAGGUCGAGGUGAUGAUGCGUUAGAUGAUAAAAUCCACCAGAGGAUUUCUUUGAAUCGGUGGUUUUUCGACGAACGUUGGUCGAAAAAUCGUACCGUGUCAUCGAUCGAUUGGUGUCCUCAAUACCCGGAAUUAAUGCUCGCUUCGUACGGGAAUAACGAAGAGAUGCCAAAUGAGCCGGAUGGCGUCGCUUUGGUUUGGAACACCAAGUUUAAAAAGACCACCCCUGAAUUUAUUUUUCACUGUCAAAGUGCUGUAAUGUCUUCGAAGUUCGCACGGUUUCAUCCAAAUUUGAUUUUGGGAGGAACAUAUUCCGGCCAAAUUGUAUUAUGGGAUAAUAGGGUGCAUAAAAGGACUCCAAUACAACGUACACCACUUUCUGCUGCUGCUCACACAGUAAGUUGAAUUUAAAAUAUGUAG